GACGGAUGUGCCAUACCGACCUGCACCUCCCUGGCAGCACGCAGCACUACAACAUGCGGCCCGAGCACUCGAUCACCCAUUCAUUCACUCGCUUCUCAGGCCCCUAGCACCCGAGGCCCGAAGGUUCCGAGCACGCCUAAUCUCCUGACGCCCAUAUAAUUAGAGGGUGACCACACCCCAUCGCCUUCGCGCCUACCCCCUUCCCCUCGAGGCUCGCGUGCCCUGCGUUUCAUAUCUCUAAUCGGCACAUCCAUCGCAGGAUCGCUCUCAGGCGCCGUGGGCGACGAGACGCGUGUAAUCAGCAGACAGCCCUGUUGGCUGAUGUCUGAUAUUGUUCGGGUGUGUGACGCUGUGAUCGGACAGUGGGCUCGCGUCGUGGAUCAUCAGGUCCUUGUCCGUGCGCCUUCGAAUGAUUGCUCCAUUCAAAACGCAUGUUUGCUCCGGCUUGGCUUUAGGAGGCCUUCGAAUUCUGUGCGGUUCUAUCGUGCGCUUCGUAUGCUGCAGCAACCCUGGAGACCUACGGUCCAACACGUUUCUGUGAAAGAAAGUGGGCUGCAAGCGAUAGAAGCCAUUGCUUCGCAAUUCAACUCAAUUAGUCAGAAACUCUAUCAUUGUGCAUUGUAUUGUCCUAUGCAUUGUAUUGGCGUGCCGUCGCGGAGGCCGGUGUGCGGAAAUAAGGAGGGAACGCUUGUAUCGUCCAAUCAACCGCGGAAGUAUGAAACGGGCUGCCUGCGUUUCUUCGUGUGGAAGUCAUGUUCAUGCCGCAGUCCGGAAAUGGAGGCCCGGUAUGCGCGCGCUCGCGCUUGAGCCAGUCAACGGUGCCUCGUACGUGGGCCGAUAUGGAAGGGUACAUGAGAAGAUGAGAUGAAGCAUGCACGUUGACACCGCCCCUCGGAAGCAAUAUUGCCAGGGGGUUCACCGCCUGACACUGAAUUGAGAAGCACAAC